CUAAAAAUUUUAAAUUUUUGUCAGAACUUGUUAUUUAUUUAUUAAAAAUGGGUCAAAAUGUACCUAUUUCAAAAAACCAAAUCUAUUUAUAAACUAAAAUAAGCAAACUUUGUACAGAACUCUCAUUUAACCCUUAAUAUUUAACAUAAAUAUUAAUGCUAAUAUACGCAAUCAUAUGGCAAUGGGCCACAACCUGCGAAAGUGUUCUGUUCAUCUGCCAAUGCCAAAUGCCAAACACUGUCACCAUAAAAUUAUCAACGUUUGCUCAGGUGCUUUGAGUCUUGGCCAAACGCUCUCCAUGGUCGAAGCAUAGAAAGUCGAGCGACUAUAAAUAGUUGCAAACUCUUAAGUUAGCAGACAGUUAAGUUAAUUACUAAUAAGCAAGCAAAAUGAAAAGCUAUCUAUCGACAAUCCUGUUCUUGGCAACACUGGCCUGUGUCUUCCUGCCCAGUAGCUGUUCGAGUAACAGUUCCUCGCCCAAGGUCUGUGUCCUGAGGAACUGCGACUGGAGCUCCACGACGAAUGUCUGUGCUCGCUAUGGUCGCUCCAAUCUCUGCAAUCGCUUCAAGAACAGCUGCACCCUGCGUUAUGAAUCCUGUGGUAGUUCCUCGUCUUAUAAGUCGGUCAGUCUUUCGGAAUGUUCUGGCAUAAGUGUGGGCAACCGAGGAAUCUGCGGAGGAUCUUCGUCAUCGUCAUCGUCAUCCUCUUCAUCAUCUUCGAGUGUCAAACCCAUUAUUAUACGCAGGGGUUAA